ACGCUGGAGCCCGAGGAGGCUCUGUAAGAGGAGGGCCAGCUGGGACCACAACAGGGCGGACUGGCAGAGAGAAUAUUGGAAGGGCCAGGAGGUGGAGUAAAAGCUCUGGAGCAGCUCGCCGAGGGGCUGUGGAUCUGCUGCUUCCCCAGGGACCCCAUGGAGGAGCUGGUGGGGCUGCGGGAGGGCUCCUCCGGGAGCCCUGUGACCCUGCAGGAGCUGUGGGGCCCAUGCCCCCGCAUCCGCCAAGGCAUCCGAGGUGGCCUGGAGUGGCUGAAGAAGCAGCUGUUCCGUGUGGGUGAGGACUGGUACUUCCUGAUGGCCCUCGGGGUGCUCAUGGCCCUGAUCAGCUAUGCCAUGAACUUCGCCGUCGAGAGUGUGGUUCGAGCACACAAGUGGUUGUACCGGGAGAUUGGGGACAGCCACCUGCUCCGGUAUCUCUCCUGGACUGUGUACCCUGUGGCCCUCAUCUCCUUCUCCUCCGGCUUCUCCCAGAGCAUCACGCCCUUCUCUGGAGGGUCUGGGAUCCCAGAGCUGAAGACCAUCUUGUCAGGCGUGGUCUUGGAUGACUACUUGGAUAUCAAGAACUUUGGAGCCAAGGUGGUGGGCCUCUCCUGCACCCUCGCCACCGGCAGCACCAUCUUCCUGGGCAAAGUGGGCCCUUUCGUGCACCUGUCUGUGAUGAUUGCUGCCUACCUGGGCCGCAUGCGCAUGAAGACCAUCGGGGACUCUGACAACAAGAGCAAGCAGAAUGAAAUGCUGGUGGCAGGGGCGGCGGUGGGCGUGGCCACGGUCUUCGCUGCGCCCUUCAGCGGUGUCCUGUUCAGCAUCGAGGUCAUGUCUUCCCACUUCUCUGUCUGGGAUUACUGGAGGGGCUUCUUCGCGGCCACCUGCGGGGCCUUCAUGUUCCGACUCCUGGCGAUCUUCAACAGCGAGCAGGAGACCAUCACCACCCUCUUCCAGACCAGCUUCCCGGUAGACGUCCCCUUCGACUUGCCCGAGAUCUUCUUUUUUGUGGCACUGGGGGCUAUCUGCGGGGUCCUGGCCUGCGCGUACCUCUUCUGCCAGCGAAACUUUGUCAUCUUCAUCAAGACCAAUCGGAUCCUCUCCAGUCUGCUGGCCACCAGCAAGCCUCUGUACUCUGCCCUGGCGGCCUUGGCUCUCGCCUCCAUCACCUACCCCCCCAGCGUGGGCCGCUUCAUCGCUUCUCGGCUGUCCAUGGGGGAGCUUCUGAGCUCACUGCUCGACAACAACUCAUGGGCACUGAUGACACGGAACUCAUCCCCACCCUGGCCUGCGGAGCCCGACCCCCAGAACAUGUGGUUCGAAUGGUACCACCCGCAGUUCACCGUCUUUGGGACCCUCAUCUUCUUCUUCAUUAUGAAGUUCUGGAUGCUGAUUCUGGCCACCACGCUGCCCAUCCCCGCCGGGUACUUCAUGCCCGUGUUCAUCCUUGGAGCUGUCAUCGGGCGCCUCUUGGGGGAGGCCCUGUCUGUCGCCUUCCCUGAAGGCAUCGUGGCUGGAGGGGUCACCAACCCCAUCACGCCGGGGGCGUAUGCCCUGGCAGGGGCUGCAGCCUUCUCGGGGGCGGUGACCCACACCAUCUCCACGGCGCUGCUGGUCUUCGAGCUGACCGGCCAGAUCAUGCACGCGCUGCCCGUGCUGAUGGCAGUGCUGGCGGCCAACGCCAUCACCCAGAGCUGCCAGCCCUCCUUUUACGACGGCACCAUCAUCAUCAAGAAGCUGCCCUACCUGCCCAGGAUCCUCGGCCGCAGCCUCGGCUCCCAUCCUGUGACUGUGGAGCAUUUCAUGAACGGCACCAUCACCACGCUGGCCAAGGACAUGCCGCUGGGGGAACUGGUCAAGGUCGUGACGUCCACAGGACUGGCUGAGUACCCACUGGUGGAGAGCACAGAGUCUCAGCUCCUCGUGGGCGUCGUGCAAAGGGCCCAGUUGGUGCGGGCGCUCCAGGCCGAGCCUCCUUCCUGGGCUCCAGGACAACAGCAGUGUCUUCAGGACCUCUUGGCCGGGGGCUGCCCUGUGGAGCCAGUGACUCUGCAACUGUCCCCAGAGACCCCCCUGCACCAGGCACACAACCUCUUUGAGAUGUUGAAUCUUCAGUCGCUCUUCGUGACGUCACGGGGCAGAGCUGUGGGCUCUGUGUCCUGGGUGGAGUUGAAGAAAGCAAUUUCCAACCUGACAAAUCCACCAGCCUCCAAGUAAGCCGGCCCGGAGAGACGGAGAGGAUACCCGGGCUGCCCUGGUGACUGGCUGGGCAGACGUCUGCCUCCUCCCGCAUCACAGCCCACCCCUCAGCCCAGCUCCACCCCAUAGAGGGUGCCCUGUUCUCUGUGCCCCAUCCUGAGUGCGACGACGGCUGCCAACUCAGAGCAUCCCACCCUGCACAGCGCUCGGAGUGUGCGUCGGGGCUCAGGGACUGUCCCUCGAGCUCCUGAAUGAAGACAGUGGUGUGUGCUGCCACCAAGGGCAGGCACGGAAGCCCUGGGGCGGGGGCGGGGGGCUCUGCCUCCCAAUCGGAGACUCCUGAGAAAAAUAAAGCUGCCCCCAGAGCUGCUGCCCAUCCUCACGUC